AUGGUCAAAGCAGUUGCCGUUGUCCGUGGUGACUCCAACGUCAAGGGCACUGUCACCUUCGAGCAGCAGUCCGAGGGCGCCGAGACCACCAUCUCCUGGGACAUCACUGGCAACGAUGCCGAUGCUGAGCGUGGCAUGCACGUCCAUGCCUUUGGCGACAAUACCAAUGGCUGCACGUCUGCUGGUCCUCAUUUCAACCCUCACAGCAAGGAACACGGCGCACCAUCCGACAGUGAGCGCCACGUUGGCGACCUCGGCAACAUCAAGACUGAUGGCUCCGGCAACGCCAAGGGCUCUGUGUCUGACAAGCUGAUCAAGCUCAUUGGCCCCGAGAGUGUUCUCGGUCGCACCAUUGUUGUGCACGGCGGCACUGAUGAUCUGGGCCAGGGCGGACACGCAGAGAGCAAGAAGACGGGCAAUGCUGGGCCUCGUCCUGCUUGUGGUGUCAUUGGCAUGUGA